GCUAAAUUGCUUCCAUUUCCCCCAUUGCAGGACAGAACGGUACACACGUGGGGCCUAACGAGGGCUCACAGCGGUCGGCAAACAUCAGCGAGAUUCUCCGGAUGAUACAUCGAUACAACGAGCUGCAGUCGGUCCUGAACGAGGACAUCUUCGGUCCGUUACAAAAUGAUUCUGUGAUAAUAGUAGUGCAGGUACACAAAAGGAUAACCUAUUUACGACAUUUAAUUGUUAGCUUGGCGCAAGCAAAAGACAUUUCCCGGACGUUGCUGGUCUUUUCGCAUGACCAUUUUGACGACGACAUCAACGACUUAGUGCAGAGUAUAGACUUUUGUAAGGUUAUGCAGAUUUUUUAUCCUUUCUCAAUACAAACUCAUCCAAGCGAGUUUCCUGGAGCAGAUCCCGGAGAUUGCCCGAGGGACAUCAAAAAAGAACAAGCACUGUUACGAAAAUGUAACAACGCUUUACAUCCGGAUCUGUAUGGUCACUACCGGGAAGCGAAAUUUACCCAAACCAAGCACCACUGGUGGUGGAAGGCAAAUCGAGUCUUUGAUCAGCUAGAAGUUACCAAAUAUCACACGGGUCUGGUGGUUUUCCUUGAGGAAGACCACUACGUUGCGGAGGACUUCCUCUACAUCCUAGAACUGAUGCAGCAAAAAUCAAACGAAUUGUGUCAAAAAUGCAACAUUCUAUCAUUGGGAACAUAUCUCAAGACUUUUAACUACUACACAUACAACAAAAAGCAACAGCAACAACAGAAACAACUCCAACAACAACAGCAGCUUCAACAACAGCAACUUCAACAGCAUGCGAGUGGUAAUACUGGUGGAAGUUCCGGUGGCCAAUUCACCACCGAAAAGUACGCGUCCCAGUCUCAGUGGGGUUACCAAGUGUUGCCGACACUGUACUCAAUCUACCAGAAGGUCGAAGUUACACCUUGGGUCAGCAGCAAGCACAACAUGGGCAUGGCCUUCAAUCGGACCACGUGGCACGACAUAACGCGUUGCGCAAGACAUUUUUGCGAGUACGACGAUUACAACUGGGACUGGUCGCUGCAGCACGUGUCGCAGCAAUGUCUGAGGCAAAAGCUGCACGUGAUGGUUGUCAAAGGUCCUCGGGUCUUCCAUAUUGGCGAAUGUGGCGUCCAUCACAAGAAAAGCAACUGCGAAUCGAACCAAGUAAUAUCCAAGGUGCAACAAGUGCUGAGGGUAGCCCGAAGAUCCCACCAGUUGUACCCAAAGUCCAUCUCUCUGAUGGUAGCCAGUGUCAUCAAAAAGACAAAACUGCGCAAAGGAAACGGCGGCUGGGGCGAUCAGCGGGAUCACCAGCUUUGCUUCAACAUUACCCUGAUUGGACGGUAAUCCGCACCGGAUGCUCCGUACUCGGUACGAGUUGAGUUACGAGACUGACUUGGGAGACUCGCAUUUGAUGUUCUUUGGAAACUGAAGCAGUGAAAGCAGAAGAAACACUCUGACACGACACGUCCUAUUUUUAAUUUAGCAAAACAUAAAAACAGGCACUGAGUAAAAGAACACAAAACGAAGAGUACACACAAGUGAUGAAGACAUUAUAAUUUUGUAAGAAACUCAACAACAAUAAUGCAGUCAAAGUACACACCACUUAGCGGAGCCUAGCACAGUCAGAUUAAUGUUUGGUGUACCAACGGAGGUAGUUUUAAGGUAAUUGUGUAUGUUCCAAGCGUGACCCCGCGAUAAGAGUUGAUGUGUAGGAGGUUAAAAGAGAUUGAUGUUUAUCAAAAUGCAAAAAGGAGCCAUUUUCAUUUAUUUUGCAACUAUACUUGCGUCAGAUGGUUAAAACAUUGUCAGAAAAAAAAGUUCUAUAGGUGAAGUAGGUUCAUUCAACACUCACAAUUCAUAAAACAAGUUUUAAAAGAAUAUUGGCUCCGAAAAAUGCAAAGAAAAUCCCUCCCAAAAUAGAACCACCUUUGUUCAAGGUUAAUGAAAUGACAUUUAAUAUACUUUACCCAUACUUGAAAUGAAAUACUUUUAAAGGUUUUUUUUUCUAAUUUCCAAUCUUUAAUUUUUUUAACGCAUUGAUAUAUGAAGUUUUUUUUAAAUAUUUUAUGCAGUUUUUGAACUUAAUUUUGUGUUUUUAGAUUUAUCAUAUUCAGUGUCAUUUCAUAAUGUCUUGAAAAUAACAAUUUCCUCUGUCGUUAUACAGCGAAAUGAUGAAUACGCCAUUGUGACCUUAUUCUGAGAUUCGUCAUGUAUUCCGAUCAUAAUUUUUUUUACAGCAGGCGUGGUGUGGCUUUGCCUUGGGUAAAUGGAUCGCUACAUCACCAUCUUGAUUCUGCCAAUCCUUUGUAAGUCAGUAUAGUUUCACACUUCAACGAAAAUUUCGUGAUCAAUCCUCUUUCAGAAUCUGGCAUAACAUCAAAAACCAGAAAACGGCGUAUACGUCAUUCCAUCGUAAAAUGGCAGUAAACAUGUAGCUAGAAAAUAUCAUGAAAUGUGAAAGGAGAGCGGUGCGAUAGAAACCUCUAUAGAGCAUAAGUAGACCUGCAAGUGAAAGAAACCAAAUAAAAACAAGUUACCAUAGUCCACAGAUGUAAACAAUAGCAAAAACAAUAAAACGAAAACUAAACUAAAUUUGUAUCAAAACAGUCAACGGCAUGAACAUGAACACAUUUAAGAGACGCACAUUAUACUAGGCAAUAUCCAGUUUCUCUAAAACCAGGAGGAAGUUGAAUGAAAAAUGAAGACAACAUGAGAUCGACUGAUCACACGUAGAUCAACUUGGAAGUCAAAUGCAUUCACAAUUUGUAGUGCUACAUCAAAUUGUUCUCUUCUUCCUCAAUCUGUUUUCUGUUGUAAGUUCAGUGCUAAAUUAAAUAUUUAUCUAAUUACUUUCAUCUAGUCACCAUUCAUUGUUGGGCGCAAACCAGGAUGUUGCAUUUGUUGCAAAGGCCGUAUUAUUAUGUUGUUAUCUGUUAUUUUUUGUUUACUCAAUGCUUAUGUUGGUUUCCAUUAAAACAAAUUUUGUGUUACAUUGCAGCUUUUGAAAAUCGAAUGUUAUGUUUGUUUAGCACAUACUAAAAUAGUCGGCUGUAAAAUCAUUCACGUAGUGCUGCGUGAGUUAUUAAUUGUAAAUAAACUUUACGAAUCGAACUAUUCAAUCAUGUAUGAAAA